UUUCUCUUCCAAUUUCAGACAGUUCCUGUUCUGAUGAAUGGAUAAGCUCACCGUAUCAGGGACACAAGCGGUACACCUACAGUGUUGUUUCAGUAUAUGGGGAAUAUCAAGUGUUUAGUUUCGUCCUGUGGAUAAAGCGCUCCCUGUCUCCCACAGUGCAGAGAUGAAAGCCAGUCUUUUUGUAUAUCAUGUCCCUCCUCCGCCUCUUACAUGAGUAGUUAACAGAGAGGUGGAGGAGGGACAGAAACCUGAGAGUGACUGCACCCCUCCCUCUCCUCCGCUGGCCAAUGGCAGGCAGCUUGCAGCUCAGACUUGAGAGCUGUGAAGCUAUAUAACUGUGACUGUUCAGCCAGGAGUUGGAGCUCUCAAAUCCAACUCAAGAAGACAGGGCAGGACACUGCACACUUCUGCAAAAGCCACUAUUCAAAGCAACGUCUCAGCACUUUAGAUCAACAGCAGAAAUGAAGACAACACUGGCAACUCUGACACUGUGCCUGGUGGUGCUCAUGGCCACAGGUUUCCCUCUCGAGAGGAAAGGGGGCUCACCCUCUGGUCAUGCAGCCAAGGAGAAGCGUGUACAGUAUGCAGCGUGGGAUGAUGUAAAUGUCAUUGCCCAUGGUCUGCUGCAGCUGGGCCAGGGGCUGAAGGAGCACGUGGACAAAACCAAAGUCCAGAUGAGGGACAUCUCCAGCAAGCUGAAGGUGUUCAAUCGUACUGUGACCGAGCUGGGGAAGGAAAGCCAGAAGCUGCGUGUGGAAGGGGAGGCCCUGAAGGUUCGAGCCCAGGGGCUAGAGGACAGAGAGGGGCAGCUGUUGAACAUCACGGCUGAGCUCAGGGAGAAGGCGGAGGAGAUGCAGCAGGAGAGGAAGACGAUGGGGGAGAGAAUAAACCGGCUGGAGGAGAGGGUGGACAGCAUGCUGCAGGGAGACACACUGCUGUCUGAGGCAAACCCUGGGGCCAAGAACAACAGUGAUGCUCGCAACAUCCAGCUGAUGCUGGAGGGUCAAAACAAACGCAUCGAUGAUCUGAUGGAGCGCAUCAGACUCCAGCAGGAGAAGCUUGACAAGCAGAAUGUGCGCAUCAGGACACUGCAAAGCCAGGUCCAGCAGACCCGACAGAGACCGGUCAUUCGUAGCAGCAGUGCUGAGAGUUCUGUGGCGGAGCAACAAGACUCACCAGUCGAGAUGGCAUCAGACUGUCAUGAGCUGUUCCUGAGAGGAGAGACCAUCAGUGGUGUCUACACUAUCCAGCCAAUCAAUGGAGAGCCCUUUAAGGUCUUCUGUGAGAUGACAGCUGAUGGUGGCUGGACGGUGAUCCAACGGCGCCAAGAUGGCUCAGUGGACUUUGACCAGCUAUGGCAGGCCUAUGAAAAAGGCUUUGGUAGCCUGAAUGGAGAGUUCUGGUUGGGUCUAGAAAAGAUGCACGCGAUCGCUAAAGACGGCGGCUACAUCCUGAACAUCAACCUGGCUGACUGGAGUGGUGAUGUUGCAACAAUCAGUCUCCCCUUCCAGUUGGGUGGAGAGGAAACCAAGUACUCACUGCAGAUUCGAGAGACCAGCACUUUUAGCCCUUUGCAGAUUUCUCUGGGGACUGAUGCCACGUCAGGCCUGCCUUUUUCAACCCGGGACCAAGACAACGACCAGAAAAAUGACACCAACUGUGCCAAACACCUCUCUGGUGGCUGGUGGUUCAGUAACUGCGGUCGCUCCAACCUGAAUGGCAGGUACUUUCAGAGCCCUCCUCCCAAGCAGCGGCACCAGAGGAAGCAGAGCAUCUUCUGGAAGACCUGGAGGGGGCGCUACUAUCCCCUGAAGUCCAGCAUGAUAAUGAUUGCUCCAGCUGCGAUUGCAAACAAGUCUUAAAGGACAGAAAGAGACUGAAAGGAAAAGGUUGAAACAAAAAGGGGGGAGUGAAAGAAGUAGAUUUUGAACGGUUCUUUCUUACUUUCUUGGUUCUUAGUUGAUGAGGUAGAGGUAUUUUUUGUUUUGCCUGGUUGUCUCCCUGCGAGGAAGACCUCAUACCAGAACCAAAGCCCUCAAAAAGGAACUCACAUUUAAUGAGUUCUAGGUUUCCAUUGCUCUGUUUCUCUGGAAGGCAAGCAGGCACGUACAGCCGCAGAUGGAAAAAGACAAACUGUGCAGUGGAAGCAUGCUCACACGUACCAUCAAGUUGAUUCCUUCAUGCAACACGAAGUAGGGCCUCUAGUCAGGAGGGCGUCACAGGGCCAGUCCCAGCCUGUCCAGCGUGCUGUAAAUCACAGAGGAUUUCUAACAUGUCGACACUCAUCACAAGACAUUUGAUGCGUGGGCAGAUGUCGAGUUUUAAUGCGGUUAUGUAGCAAAUAAGGAGCAGACUCAGCUCAACGAAAAGCUCAAGAAUAGCUCUUUGGAGGACGCAUGUAGGAGUGAAAUUAAGGCAGAUUAAGCAAGCCUUUUAAAUGCAAUGGACCAAAUGGCGACUUACUUAAAACAAAGUGAAAUUUUCCACAUGAACAUGUUGAGAUUAGUGUUCAAAGGCAUUAUGUAAAGUUAUAAAUCACUGUAAACUAGGAUUAUGAUGGAGAAACUGUGUUAAGACUGGUGUUAGAAAGUAGUUCACAGGGCACUGACAACCAUUUCAGCCUUUUGUACAUUACAGUUUCUGACAGCGACUUUUGAAUUCACUUAAGCAUUUUCUUCACUGGCUUUGGUUUGGUGUGGAGAUUUGGAUGAUGUUUAGUCACAUUGACUACCUUUAAGAAGCGAGACAUGGUUUUGUACAUAAUAUUUGAAGGAAUGUCAUCUGUCUUUUCAGAAAUAUAACUGUUACUGUUUUGUUGUGACGUUAUCUGUCGUAUGUGACUCGAGACUUUGUCCUUGUUGAUGUUCCUUUUCCUUAUUUAAAAGCUGUAAAGAAUCAAUGUAUAUUUCUGGUGCUGCCUGUUUGUAAUUUAUAUUGUCUUUGUUGUGCUGAUGUUGAACUGUUUUAUAAAAGAAAAUAACCAUUUUAUGGCCAAAAAUGAGCCAAUAAAACUGAUUCAAACUUA